AUGUUCUACGAGAGCCACGACAAGGUCCUGGACGAGAUCUACCAGACCAUCGCCGAGGACCUGACGGAGUUCGGCAGGCCUUACCGCAUCGACCUGAUGGAGGUGUGCUGUCCGGAGGGCUCGAGCCUCAGCAAGGCCGUGCAGGACCAGGGAGGCAAAGUGUUCAGGUGCGGCCUCUUCAAUGGGAUCGACAUGGGAACAGCAACCGGGCUUCGACGCGCGCUUCACCUUCUCCGACGACCCCGACCGCGCCGCUUGGUUCUCAGCCCGCCAUGUACAGCAGACUGCCCUAUCCAGAAUCUCAACCAGAAGACAGCUCAGCAGAAGGUCACGUAUCUGGCGAAGGUGCGCAAGGCCCGACGGAUCCAGCGGAACUGCAAGAGCUUCUGGGAAGACUCGAAGAAGAUUCACGACUGCCACACCGAGCUCGAACAGCCAGCUUCCAGCCGAAGCUGGACCAGGUCGCCCUCGAUCAAGGCGAUGCGCGACCAGAUGCACGAGACGAUCAUCCAUGGCUGUGCGCAUGGACUUCGCGAAGCUCGUUCCGGCCUGCUGAUGAGGAAGGCAUGGCGCAUAUGCUCGACAGACCCGGAGUUCGGCGCUGAGCUCGGCAGGACGUGCUCCAACCGCCCUGGCAGGGGCGACAACCACACACACCGCCCCAUCGAGGACGGACAGGUGGUGGCCCAGACGGCCUUUUACCCACCAGCACUGUGUAAGGCCUGGGCAAAGCAUAUCCUGAAGACGAACACCAGCGCGAGGUACGGCAAGGAGAUCUUCACCAGCUUGGAACAGAUCCCAGAGGACGCUGAAGAGGAGAUGGAGGAGGCCCUCGACGAGGACCUCUUGCAGGAUAACCCCGAGGCCAUGGACGACGAGUCGGUCAUGAAGGGCCUGGGCAUCUCCGAGACACCGACCAAGAAGGAGGAGCUGGAGAUAGAGCAACGGCUGACGCGGCUCCACCGCAACCUCGGCCACCCGAGCAACAAGACGCUGUACAAGAUCCUCAAGGCAUCGGGAGCACCUCUCCAGGUCCUACGAGCAGCUCUUCGCCUCCAGUGUCACGCAUGCCAUGCGGGACAACUACCAAAAGCCGUCAGGGUCGCCUCGGGCAUCGAGUUGCCAGGCGUCCUAGAGGUGCUGGCCUCCGACGGGCUCGAGUGGCUCUCGCCGAAGCAGGACUCUUUCCUGAUGACGUUGAACAUCGACGAGGGAUCCGGGCUCACCAGUGUCACCUAUCAUGGACAGAAGGGAGAGCGCAAUGGCAACAGAUCGACUCAGGAGGUGAUUUCAACAUGGAAUGACUGGUGCGGACAUUACCGCCGCCCCAGCCUUCUCCGUCUGGACCCCGAAGGUUGUCAUCGUUCACAAGCAGUGGCCAGGUGGUGUUCGGACCGCGGCAUCGAGCUGUGGAUUGCCCCGGGCGAGGCCCACUGGCUGAUGGGCAAGGUCGAGAGGCGCAUCCAGCUUUUCAAGCGACUGAUGACGAAGCUGGCAACGCUGGACCCCGACUGCCCGGUCGAGGAGUUGGUGUCCUGGGCCGUGAGCGCGAUCAACAGCAUGGACAAGGUCGGCAACCACUCCCUGUUCGAGCACGUGAUGGGCGUCUCUGGGAUGCCGGCCUCGAGCAACCCGUUCGCCAUCAUUGACGGGGACACCGGGGAGACUCAGGAGCAGAGGCGCCUCCUCGCGCGCAAAAGCUUCCUGGAAGUAGAGUAUGCUGAGCGUCGUCGGCACGCCGAACAGGCCCGCAACCGGGUCUAUCAGACCUGGAAUCCGGGGGACCUCGUCUACUUCUGGCGCAAAGGGAAAGGCCUCGACCCUCGCCCUGGGAAGAAGGGCGGAUGGUACGGCCCUGCUCGUGUCCUUGCUCAGGAAAAACGACACGUGGACGGGCGCGCCCGUCCUACCUCGGUCAUCUGGAUCUCCCACGGGGGCGUGCUCAUCAGGUGCGCCCCGGAGCAGCUGCGCGUCGCCUCGGAGGCAGAGAAGAUGAUCGUCGAAUUGCAGCGGCAGAGCAACCUUGGCAAGACCAUGACGGAGAUCUUGGAGACAGCCAAGGGCGGUACUUAUGAAGACCUUCUCGGACAAAAUCCUCCAGACCUCCGAGAAUACGAGCCUCCACCGCAGCCGACGAUGGCGAUCCCCGCGACCGAGGGCCAGACUCUCGAGAACAACAGCGAGGCGGGACUCCCCUCAGGCGAGUCGAGACCUCGAUGGCGCAUGACACACCGCGGACCAGAGCUCGAUCUGCACGUACCGCCGGAGAAGCGACAGAAAGGCGCAGACGAGGAGAUGGCCGACGCGCUGUUCGACAGCAACCACCUGGUCGACCUCUUCAAGGACAAGCUGGACAUCACCCUCGGCAUCGACGAACAGCAGACCGUCUACUUCGAGUACUUGCAGGACGAGAAUACCACUCCAGACGGACGCCGAGGUUUGACGAGCCACAUCCUGGACAGCUUCGUCGUCAACCAGCGCCGGAAGGACAAGGUGGAGCUGACCUGGUCCAAGAUGAACGCCACCGAGCGUGAGGAGUUCGAGGCAGCCAUCGCCAAGGAGACGAACAACUGGGUCCAGCAUCAGGGACUCCGCGCUGUCCCGAUAUCUCGGGUCAAGGACGCGGCGGACGUCAUCCGGGCAAGGUGGCUCUUCACCCGCAAGUCCGAUGGGAAGGCGAAGGCCCGGCUCGUCCUCCUCGGCUACCAGACGAAGGACCUAGGACAGGAGCCGACAGCCAGCCCCACCGCGUCUCGGCGCGCCCGUCACGUGAUGCUAACAGUGGCCGCCGCGAACCGCUGGAAGCUCAUCAAGGGCGACGUCACCUCCGCCUUUCUGCAGGCCCACGACCUCGACAAGGACCUCUUCAUCGAGCCAGACGCCGUCCUCAGAAAGGCCUUCCACGUGCAGGAAGGGGAAAUCCUCCAGGUCGUGAAACCUGGAUAUGGGAUCGGCGAGGCGCCCCGGCACUGGUGGGAGACGGUCAAGCACGACUUUGCGAAACUUCGACUCCAAGCCUGCGAGUUGGAGCCCUGCCUCUGGAAAGCACGAUGUUCCAGGACGGGUAUGCUCAUCGGUAUGAUCAUGGCCCACGUCGACGACUUCAUCAUGGCAGGAGAUACCUCCCACCCUGAGUGGCAGGACAUGGUCAAGCAGAUCCGAGGGCUCUACAAGUGGGGCACCUGGGAGGACAUGAAUGACGGGCUCACCUCUCUCGAACAGUGCGGCGUCACCAUCGAGGAGAGCGAGCAGGGCUUCUUCCUCCACCAGAAGUCGUACAUCGACAAGAUCAAGGAGGUCAAGGCGGCCAGCGGCAGUAAGCAUCGGACCACCGACAGCCUCAAGGACUCUGACAAGACGGUGCUCAGGGCGUUCUGCGGCGAGAUCUACUGGCUUGGCGUGAAUACCAUGCCAUUUCUCUUAUCGUGGGUAGCCGACCUCCAGAUGAAGAUACCAGCAGGUACUCACAACCUCUUCACGGCCGCUAACAACAUCGUCAAGCUCGUCAAGCAGAGCCGCCACAUGGGGAUCAGGAUCUACCGGCACGCCCUGGACGACCUCGCCAUCUUCACCUGGUGCGACGCAGCCUGGGCCAGCCGCCCGGAUGGACACUCCCAGGGUGGUCACAUCACCGCUAUCUCCUCCAAGGCGGCCAUGGACGGGAAGCUCUCCGAGUUCACGGUCCUCGACUGGGGCUCCAAGAAGCUGCGCCGCGUGGCUCUGUCAAGCCUGGCGGCGGAGGUGCAGGAAGCCGGCGACGCCGAAGGCGAACAGAGCAUG